CCACAGAAACAGAUCGAAAACCAUGCUUAUCUGGCCAUAAACAUGCUAUAAGGGAGAAAACAACUUGGUAAGGUAUUAGGUUUUUAUAAGCUAAUGCUGUGUGGUCGGUUUGAAAUUAUACCUUCAUUCAGUUGUUUUUCUAACUAUUCCGUUGCGGAUUUGAUUUUGGCUUGCGCUGCAUGAAUGUUUAAACUGUGGAUGGGUUUCUUAAGGUUGUUAGGAAAGAGAAGUAAGAGAAACAAGGUGUUGUUGAUGACUUGAUGGUCAGGUAACUCUGAAUAGAUGUUCUGGAAUAGUAGGUGCUGCAGCUAAUAAAAGACGUUUCUCUAGUUCCAUGUGCAUUAUAAUUUGUGGAAAUCACAUGUAUUUGGCUAAUUUUUAGCUAUUUGUUUCAGUAUAACCUGUUGAGUAGUGUCUUUGUUUCUAGGUAAGUUGUUGAGAAGUGUCCCUGUAUUGCUUUGAAGAAAUAGAAGCUCCAAUGAAGUAUAUCUAUGUUCUAGUGUUUCUUGUAAUUUUGGGCAUUGUUGGGUUCAAUGGGGUAGAUGGAGAAGGUGCAUGUGGGAAACAUAACAUUGAGAAGGAAGCUGAGAAGCUGUCUCCUUGUUACAAUAGCAGUACAAGAUGUGAAAGCUCCAGUUCCAACCAUUGCUGCACUGUAAUGGAGAAAAAGCUCAAGAAUAUAAGCUACCUUUGUGCUAUUAUGCUUUCUCGUACAGCAGACAAUGCUAGAAUCAAGCCGCAAGUUGCCGUGACCCUUCUAAAACGCUGCAACAUUGCUGUUCGUCCUGUUGAUCACAAGUGUGGAGCUUUCCUACUGAUCUAGGUGUGAAGACUCCCAUGGUGCGACUUCCUGUAUUACUACUUGGUAUGAGCUAUAUCAGUGUUCCGGGUUUUGUCAUUGUUGCUAGUCAUUCUAGUUGAUGAGUUUCACUGUGACAUUCAGCCGUUUGAGUAAUAAAUAAACUGUUGUAUUUUUGAAAAACAAAUAAAAGUUUUAGUUUCCUUGAGCAAAACCGAAUAAAAGGUUAGUUGUCUUUGCAAAACAUUUGCUUCUUGUUGCUCUGCUCAAUAACCAUUUUCUCUGAUUCAUGCUGUAAAUAGGCUCAAUAUUGGAGAGGAUCACUUGAAUUGAACAAUCUAACUGAUAUAUGGAAUGUUUAUAGGAUUUUGUUCAAUUAAUGAGGCUUGAAGUAUAAUUUCAUUUUGAAUUGAAUAAGCUUCUAAACUUGCCUUUGCUGAAGGAUUGGAUAAGCUAAAAGCACUUAGCUGUUCAGGUCUGGCAGUAAAGGAUAUAAAAAAAAAAAAAAUGCA